AUGGAUGAAGAUGGGGAUUCGCUUCCACGUUUCUUCAUCAAGGUUUUCCUCUCUGAAACGGCCUCUGAAUCCAUGGCGAUCCCAUUGUCCUUCAUGGAACUUCUUGAAGAUCCACUACCACAGACGGCAAAGCUCCAAGGCACCGGAGGAAGAACAUGGACUGUGAGCUUCACGAGAAUAAGAGAGCGUGCGUACUUCACAACCGGAUGGUCCAGAUUUGCAGAGGACCACGAGCUCGUGGACGGAGAGUUCAUGACGUUUGUCUACGACGGUUACCAUACAUUUGAAGUCAGCGUCUUCGCUCGUUCUGGUGUUAAAGUGACAAGAGCUGUAGCGAAAACGAUCAGCCUCUCAGACUCUGAUUCUGAGGCCUAUGAAGAAGAAGAAGAAGAAGAAGACACUUCAGUGGACGAAACCAGCGAGAGUAUUUACUCUGUAAGCAGUGAAGAGACAGAAACCGAAGCUGUUGUAGGGAGCUCAGCGAAUCCUUGCUUUUACACCAUUCUCAAGAACAGGCCAAAUGAUCUGCUAAUCCCAUCAAAAGAUGUGAGAGACCAUGGCCUUAGGUUUGGUCAGACAAUCAAGUUCAUUGAUAAAGAAGGGACCAUGGUUGGAGAAAGAGCUAAGUAUGGAGAUGAUAGGGUUUGCUUCAAAGCUUGGGACAGAGUUUGCAGAAGAAACAAGUUGAAAAAGCAAGACACCAUCAGAUGCGAGCUUCUCCAUACCAACAAACUCGUUCACUCCAUCAGAAUCCACAUCACACGUGGAGGUUGA